AUGGAGACAGAGGUUACAGUGGGCGGCUGCAACCCUAUAAGAACCACGGAGUUCCUUCAGUGGCAAAGACCAGAGCCACAAAGGCUGAGCCAAGCUGCCGUGGCCAUGGGACCUGCUCUCCUCGCCCUCUCCUUCCUGUGGACCACGGCCUUGACUGAGGACACCUGUCCAGAGGUGAAAGUGGUGGGCCUGGAGGGCUCUGACAAGCUCACCAUUCUCCGAGGUUGUCCGGGGCUGCCCGGGACCCCAGGGCCAAAGGGAGAGGCAGGCGCCAAUGGAAAGGGAGGAGAACGCGGUGUCCCUGGAGCCCCUGGAAAGGCGGGACCAGUGGGACCCAAAGGAGACGCUGGGCAGUCUCAGUCUUGUGCGACGGGUCCACGCACCUGCAAGGACCUACUAGACCGAGGGCACUUCCUGAGUGGCUGGUACACCAUCUACCUGACCAACUGCCGGCCGCUGGCUGUACUCUGUGACAUGGACAUGGACGGAGGGGGCUGGACCGUUUUCCAGCGGAGGGUGGACGGCUCCGUGGACUUCUACCGGGACUGGGCCGCGUACAAGCGGGGCUUCGGCAGUCGGCUGGGGGAGUUCUGGCUGGGGAACGACAACAUCCACGCCCUGACCGCCCAGGGAACCAGCGAGCUCCGUGUAGACCUGGUGGAUUUUGAGGGCAAUCACCAAUUUGCUAAGUACAGAUCAUUCAAGGUGGCCAGUGAGGCGGAGAAGUACAAGCUGGUCCUGGGGACCUUUGUGGAGGGCAGCGCGGGUGAUUCUCUGACAUACCACAACAACUACCCCUUCUCCACCAAAGACCGAGACAACGACCAAGAUGCUAAAAACUGUGCUGUGCGCUAUCAGGGAGCAUGGUGGUAUGCCACCUGUCACCUGUCAAACCUGAAUGGUGGCUACCUCGGGGGGGCCCAUGACAGCUUUGCAAAUGGCAUCAACUGGAAUUCGGGGAAAGGGUACAACUACAGCUACAAGGUGUCGGAGAUGAAGGUGCGGCCCACCUAGCCCGGCACUGAGGUCAGAGGGUCUCUCCACGCACCCUGGCUGGAGGAGCGCAUCCCUCAGCCCUCACCAAGAGGGCAACGUGGGGAUCGUGGCCCCCAUCCUCAUGGAAAGAGGGAGCUCCCACCAGUCCCUUGUAGGCAUGGCCCACAGAGCUUUGCGCCCAGUGCCAGCGUCCAGCCCCCUGCCUCCCGUCUGCAAGGUUAGGCGAAGCCCCAGUGUGCCUCCCUCACUGCAGCUGUCAGUGCUUGCUUGCCUCACAGGCGAUCAUGGAAUGCCAUGGUUAUUUGCCCUGCCCUGACCACCGGCCAUGCCACUGUGCUGCUCAUCCGUCCUUGCUUCCCUGCGACUUGGCCCUGUGGGUGGAUCAGAUGCCCUAGGGCUGAGGGGGUUUCCCAUUGGCUAAGACAAAGCAGGGCCGC